AUGUCAUUACUGAUCAGUAUCCUCUAUCAGACAUCUUUACUAAUCAUAUUGGUAUCAACUCAAGUAGUACAAAGAAAUAUUCCUGAUUUAUUCUAUUAUGCCAAUUUCAAUGGACCUAUAUUCGAUCAACCUGUCUAUAAAGUGACUGCAUCGAAUUUUUCGAUUGUAUCACCAAUCAAUACUACUUUAUUCAUAUUUUCUCUCGAACCUCAAACACAAAAUACAAUACCAACUUAUGUACCACUUAACCGAGCUCUGAAUAGUGUUGCUGAUAUCCAAGUAACAUGGACCGAUACGACAUUUUUUAUCGAAAAAUUAUCGAAUUUUUCUUAUCGAGUUGCGACCAAUAUCAGUCCAUUGAACUAUUUUUCACCCUAUCAUCGAUAUUUAUUCACCAUCACGGCUACACAAUCGUUUACUGGUCGUCCAUCAAUAUCAUCAACAGCCAUCGCACAAAUCGAUUUGAACUAUUGUAAUGCUCAUGCUCCGACAUUCAUCUAUUCGAAUCAAACAUAUUCCAUUAGUGAAACACAACGUGCAGGAUUAACUUUUGGGACAGUUUUUGCAACGGAUGCCGAUAAAGAUUCGGUUACAUUUGCUCUAACACCAGCAUCAUCACAAUUCAUCAUCGAUCGAUCCACAGGAGUACUAAGCUUAAGUCAAACUUUUCAAACGACACCGUCCUCGCCUAUUUUUCUUACGGUCACCGCAACCGAUGUACCAUCAUCAUCCUGUUCAUUACCGUGUCCGAGUUGUAUCGCACGUAGUAAUUCGACAACGAUUACCAUUAUUGUUAUCACGGCUAAUAAACAACCACCAAAAUUUUCAGAUCAACCUUGUAAUUUAAACAUUUCUUUACGGGAAGAUUCUCUAUCGGGUACGAACAUUACUACGUUAACUGCCACUGAUAAUGAUCAAGGUAACAAUGGUCGAAUAAGUUUCUCGUUUCCGCCAGAACAACAACAAACAAAACUUCUUGCUGAUACAAACGAUAUUCAAUCAAGAUCGACUUUCUAUUCCAAAUUUCAAUUGUAUCAAUUCGAUCAAAUUAAUGAAACUCGUACGGUUCAAUUGCGAAUGAAUGAAACAUUCGAUUAUGAUCAACUUGGAGCUACACGCGUUUGGUAUUUGUUCAUAUUGGCUAGUGAUCAGGGUACACCUUCAUUACAAUCUCUUUGUACAUUACGUAUUAAUUUGAUUGAAGUCAAUGAAUAUGCACCAGUUUUUACUCCAACAAUUUGGAAUCAGACUAUCUAUUCAACAACAGGUUCCACAGUGAUGCGUGUUAUUGCUUCUGAUUUCGAUGCGGGUGUCAGCGGAAUGAUCAAUUAUUUUAUGGUUAGUUCACCUCAACAAUAUUUCGUAAUUGAAAGUAGUACGGGCAUCAUUCGAUUCGCUUCGGGUGUGACAGUUUCCAAUGUAAAUCCUGCCUUGUUUCCUGUUCGUUUCACUGUUUUCGCUCAAGAUCGUGGAUCUCCAUCGCGAAUGAGUUCAUCAAAUGCUACAGUUGAAAUCUAUUUGGCUUCAAACAAUACAAUACCACCCGUUCAAUGGCUCAAUCCAAGCAAUGGAGAACUUAAUUUAAAUAUUAGUGAAAAAUAUUUCGAAACUUCUUCAACACAACUCAUAUCAGAUAGUCAAAAUGGUUUCAAUGGUUCGAUUUUAUAUCGAUCGAAUAGUCAACAGUCCAAUUUGUUUUAUGUUUCCAAUUCAUUUCCCACUACGACUAUACCAUUCCGAGCGAUAACACCGACCGUAAGUAAUUCCGUAUUUACCAGUGGAAUUUUGGUUACGAGUGGCCUAGAUGCUGAAACUCAGGCGAUCUACCUAUUGACUCUUCUUAUUGCCAGUAAUCCACCUCUACUCGGUUGGGCAACUAUUAAUUUAAGCGAUGAAAAUGAUGAAAUACCUCAAUUCAGUAUUCGAUCAUUAGAACUUAAUAUUCUUGCAACUCAAACUGGUACACGAUUAAUCGGACAAUUUCUUGCUUUCGAUCGUGAUUUAACUUCGCCAAAUAAUCGUGUUCAAUAUCGAAUUAACGAUCAACUAACGGAUGAGAUCACUCGUAAUCGAUUUUUCCUUUUAGCUGAUGGUACUGUUGGAACAAAUGUCACUUUCGAUCGACAGAAUCGAUCGACUUAUCGGAUUAUUAUUACAGCUUUUGACAGUGCACCAGCUUGGAGUAUGACAACAAAUAAUACGGAAGAUUUUCAAUUAGAUAUCAACAUUGUUGAUAAUAAUGAUUUACCACCAGUCUUUAAUCAAACUACUGCCAAUAUAUCGAUCGAUGAAUCUACAACUAUUGGCACAAGUAUUUACAAUAUUACCGUUACUGAUAGCAAUCCAUAUUCCAUUCUGAAUUUUGGUAUAUUGAGUGGUAAUAUCAAAAAUAUUUUUACAUUUGUAAAGAUCUCCGACAAUGGAAAUGAUGCAUCACGUACAGAAUAUCGAGCGAUCGGACAGUUGAUUGUUGUUGGUCCAUUGGACUAUGUCGAUCAACGAAUAUAUACUCUUGUUCUAUUUGCAUUCGAUACAAAUAAUUUAGCAACUAUCAAUGUUAUUGUGAAUGUAUUAUCAAAUAAUGCUAACGCUCCAUAUUUUCUUGUUCAAUCUAAUGUAUAUCAAAUUGAAGAAAAUAGACCUGUAGCAAGUUUAAACACCGAUCAGAUCAUCGCCAAUGAUUCGAAUCCAUCGAUACUUUCACUUAAGUAUAGUGUUGUUUCGAAUGAUCAACAAAUUCUUCGAACUAUAUUUCUGAAUGAAUCGAAUAAUCGAGCAACAAUUGGCAUUGCAUCACCAGGUCUUAUUCGUGAUGCACCAUUUGGUAGAUCGACAUAUCGUUUUGCUCUUCGUGUCACUAAUCAAAAUGGAACUGGUGUAUCGAGUUAUGCACCUGUGACAAUUAAUAUCAUUGAUAUUAACAAUAACGGACCGAUUCCAAUCGCAUCGAAUUCAUCAUGGAUUAUGAAUGAAGGAAUUCAAAAUCCAAGUAUUUUUAUAGUCUUUCGAGAUUUUGAUGAUUCAUCAUUGAAUAAUACUAUUCCAUUUUCUGUUCGAGUACUUGAACCAUCAACAUUUGAAAUCUCUCCAACAUUAAAUAAUAAUGAUACAUUCACUCUUCGAUAUAAUGGUAUACUCAGUCGAACAGAAGCAAAAAAUUUAACUGUGAAAAUUAUGAGUCAAGAUGUGAAAGGUAUUUCAGUGAAUACAUCGAUACCUAUCAUUGUCGGAGAUAUUGCUGGCAAUGAUCCAAUUUCGGAUGGCUUGAAAACGAUCAAUGUUCUCUAUGCAGAAGGUUAUGAGAAUUCUUUACAAAAUGUCGAUCUCGGUUCAGUUUACGUUGUCAAUACAGAUGAUUGGUUUCUGGCUAACAAUAUCUAUUCCGUAACGAAUGUUAGUAGAAAUCAAAUAUUUCAAAUCAAUCAAGGUUUUCUUCGUACACCUUCACCUCUUUCCGUUGGUACAUAUACAAUUGUGAUUCAAGUUACAAAAAGUCUCACUUCGAGUCAAUCCACAGCAAGCAGUUCAAUCAAUAUGGAAGUCGCUGAGAUCGAUAUUGAAUCGAUUCGAGAAGCAGCUACUAUUCGUAUUCAAGGUGAAACACCAGAAACUUUAGUCGAUUUAUCUUUUGGUAAUCGGCUUGACCGAUUACGUGAAGUACUCGCGUCAAUUCUAACCGUUUCGAUUGAUUCGAUUCGUCUAUUGACUAUAAGAAGUGUACCACAAUAUCGACAUCCCAUCUAUCCUCCAUUAUCAUUCGACGAAGCUAAACGAACAGCACUUACCGAUGUGAUCUUUUCGGUUUUAUCUUCCACUCGAGGCGUAAUUGAAAAUACCGUGAAUAACAAUCUACCUCAAUUGACUUCUCGUUCUGGCCUCACAGUCAACGCUACUGGACCAAACCCUUGUAGAAAUUAUGUUUGUCCCUCAGGUACAAUUUGUAAUGCAAGCCGUUCAAUUCAACCAUUUCCUCUUUUAAUUGAUACAAAUUUGACUUCAUUUGUCGGCAUCAAUAUCAUUGAUUCACCCGAUUGUGUAAAUAGUACAUGGAGAGUUUCUCCACAGAUGCCUCUUCCAUCUGGUUGCUCAACAUUUUCAUUCAAUGAUGCUAUAUUUUGUCCAUGUACUGAUGUUCAAUCGCUUGGACCUCUCGGAACCUAUUGUGCAGUACUCGGUCGAACAUUUCUCAAUACCGGUAGUAGUUAUGCUGUGUUCGAUGGAACAACAUUUUCGAAUUUGGCACCAGCACGAUUUUCCUUCGAUUUUGUUGUUCCAAAUAUAUCGACAGUCGGUCUUCUACUCUUAUAUGGUCGAGAAAUUCCACCGAUUGACGACUAUUUUUGGUUGGCUAUUGAAUUGAUCAAUUCAAAUCGAUUAAGAUUUCACUUUCGUGAUCAUCCAUUCUUCGAUACGAAUCUAGUAAUCAAUGCAUCGAAAUGGUAUCAUGUCGAAUAUCAAUAUGUUGCUGAUACUAUACUGGUCAUGAUCAAUGAUGAACAGUAUGAUAUUACGGUGAAUAACAAUUCGAUCAAUAAUAAUAAUAAUAAUCAAUCAUUAGUUCGAUUGUAUCUUGGUGGUUUACCAAGAAGAGAUUCACCGAUAAAUGCAUUGUAUCCAGCAUUGUCUAAUGUUGAUUCAUUUCGUGGAUGUAUUCGAAAUGUUCGAUCGAAUGGUGUUUAUCUCGAUAUGAAUCGUCCUAUAUUUGCUUCGGAUAAUUCUCGAGCAGGUCUAUGUGAUUGUUUGAACACUGAUACCUGUACCACAGGACCUCCGAAAGAUGCUACAGGCGUCAUUGUACCUUGUUAUACAGAUCGUAUCGGUGAAGAAGAUAAUAUAUCGUACAAUUUGGGUAUACUCAGGAAACCAGUUUACACAGUAUCAAAUGAAGAAAUCUUGAAUGAACAUUUGAACAUGAAUAAUCGAGGUUACACAAAUUCGACAACUAGAGAAUCAUUAGUGUACACAAUGGUCUAG